AUGGCGGUUGUGAAGCUUAUGGACAAUUCUUUGAACGAGGGAAGAGAGAUGAGAGUGCUGAGCGAGAUUUUUUUUCUUCAAAAUGCCGAAAGGGCAUUUGCGAAUACUGACGGUACCACACCUAUUGGCGCACUUGCAAAUGUAGGCGAAUCUGCCGGAACUGAGAUGCUGAAACGUCUUGCGCGCACAGCCCCAUAUUACAAGCGUAACGCGCCACACAUUUAUUCCUUGUACGUAAAGGGAGAAUGUAAGAGAGGAGAGGAUCAUGAAAAACCGUCAGAUCCCGAUGAUCCACUGUCCACUCAAAAUAUCAAUGAUAGGUAUUAUGGAAGUAAUGAUCCGGUUGCGGAAAAGUUUAUCAACAGAGCCAAGGCGAUGCCAGCGUUGGAACCAUCGGCAGAUACUACUAUAACGACUUCGUAUGUGGGUAACCUUGGACCAGCUGGACAAAUUACACAAAAAGAUUUGAAGUCCGAUUUUAGUGAUUACUUCUAUCAGUUCGGCGACAUUCGUAGUUUGCGGCUGUUGGAGGCGAAAUCUUGUGCUUUCAUACAGUUCACUACGAGGGAAGCAUGUGAGAUGGCAGCAGAGAAGUCUUUCAAUAAAUUGUUCUUGAAGGCGACAUGCUCAGCCCCUGAUGAUUUGGUUCCGAGCAAUUCGAAACGUCAACGUAUGGACCCCCUUAACAUCCCUCUCCCACCUGUGCCUCUAUCGUUUGCCCCUCCAGCUAAGCUUGUUGUUCCUCCAACACGCCCUCCGGCAGCACUUUCCUCAUCUGUCCCUCCUGCAAAGGAUGGUACCGGUAGUAAUAAUCGUGCUAACUGUAUUUACUACCCAAGUCAAGAUCCACAACGGCUUGGAGCUAAAGGAGAUGUCAUUGAAGAUUAA